AACGAUCUUUCCAGAUCUUGGACAAGUCACAGUUACAGAUUAUUCGAGGGCAGAAAAACGUGAUAUUACUAUUGGAGAGGAAUUGACAAAGUUGUGUGAUAAAUUUAAUUUUGAGAUGAUGUCGUACAAGCGUGAUGGAUAUUUUUCAAUUGUGUCAAGCUGCCUAAUUUUUUGUCUACACUUUCUCCCGCUGUUGUCUAUUAGGACCAAAUUAAGCUCCCUGUUUAUCACUUCUCUCGCAAAUAAUGCUUGCAACUCAAACACCGUUGAAUAUAAUAUUGGCAGAAAACUGACAGUUAUGUGCGACGAGUUUGACUCUGAACUGAUGUCCUACAAAGAAGAAAAAUCAUUUGUGAAAUUUCUAGGCUCAGGAUUCAAGACGUAUGCCAGCAUUGUUCGUCGUGUUUUUUAA